AUGGAAUUUAUGAUUUAUGGGAAGAUGGUUGAACCCGAAUACACUCAAUAUGACGAUCCCGGUACGAGCUAUGAAGAACCCGACGAUUUCUUUGAAGACAGUGUAAUGGGAGUAGGAAGUAAUAGCGGAACAAUGUUGACAGGGCACCCGAACUGUGGCAAUACUUACAACAACCCAUGGGUGACUGGUGUGGGAGCAAGCACCCAUGCUCAACUGGGACUGUAUUUGUCGUACCCAACUAACGGCGGAUACGGUGGAAAUAUAUACCGUGGCGACAAUAGAAUGACACAUGGCACCAUGGAUCUUAUGGGAACCGAAGUUAAUGGGACUUACAUGGAUCCAGCGAUUGAGUUUUCGGGCUACAACUAUAACCUGGAGGCGUUGCCGAUGCCGAACCAGUACACUCAAAAUCUGUUACUUCCGUUUAACUCGACAUCGUCGUUGAAUUCGAUGAACUCUGUUAACGCCUUGGAUACAUAUACAUCAGCAUCGGCUUUGGGACCAGAAAGCUAUUCCGCCCCCGGUGGGUCUAUGGCGGCGGGAGGGUCUAUGACUCCAGGAUACCCGUCUCCUAUAUCGCAUCGUCAAUCACCAUUGCAGAAACAAAAGCCUAACUUGAAGGUUAAAACCGAAAAAACCGAUACAAAGAAGCGCUACAGGAUCAUCAGAGGUGUAUCAGCUGGAGGAUGUUCGACUAGACCUCCGAAGUACCUCGUGGAUUCCAACGCUCUAUACUUGCCAAUAGAGUUACAUGUCAAUGGCGCCUCAGUCGAAGAGAUAUGCUAUCCUGCUUGGAAUGCAUCUGAAAAGGAGGACCGCCGAAGAAUUAUACGUAUUGAACGGGUCCAGAAUGGGCACAAAUUGCUGGCCAAUUUUUCUAUCGUAGGAGGAGCUAACGAAAAUCCUAUAACUUUACCGGCACCACCAGAUACCGACGUCAUCGAAGUGUCGUGUUUGGAAUGUACCACCGUUUUAUACGAAGCGGAUGAUCAAAGUGCCAGCGACGAUGAUCUGGCUAUUCCGAUCAACGGCGUACGUGAUGGUAAGUAUAACCAGUACUAUAUCACAUCGGUAGAAGUGAUCGAAAUAGUCGAAUUACUUAUUGGUACCCAGUCGAUGAAUCCAGCUGAUAGAAGGAAAGAAAGAGGCAGAAUAAGAUCCAAUUUGGUUCCUUUCUGGUCCAGAAAACCCAUUUCUUCCCGGAUGCAAGACAACUCUUCAGCACAUCCUUCGGGAUCUCCAAACUACCCUCGUCAAGACGCCCAUCUCACGAAUCAAGACUAUAGAUUCGAAUUGGCUAAAAGAAUUAUGUCAUAUGAAAUCAGGAAACCUAGGGGUUUCGACAAGGAGGUGAGAAUCCUCAGAUGGGAUAAAUUGAUCCCUGCUUUAAAAAGAGCAUUACAAACGUACUACACCGAAAUACCUGGUUCUGAUUCUUCUAUAGAUUUCUCCUAA